CUUUAUUCUCAUUUCAUACUGUUUGAGCAUAAAUACUUAGUGGAGGUCCUUCAUUAAUGACGUCAAUUUAUUGAUUAUAGUUUUUGGAAACCUCCUACUCCCUCUACCAUCUGCCUCUCUAUAUCACAGGAUAAAGUGUCCAGUGUCCCAAUUUAAUAAACGUCAUUCGUGAAUAGACCUCCGCUUGUGCAUGUACAUGUAUAUCCUCAAUUAAGAUGUAUAGGCAAAAAGAAAAGAAAUUCUUCAAACGGCAAAUGAUGGUGGAAUAGGAAGUUGAUAAUGAGUUUUGGGUUAAUGUAAUUUAACUAAGCAUACACGGGCCAAGUCCUUGAAAUUAAGAUAAGAUUUAUGUGCUUUCCAAUACAGUAUUGUAAUUAUUUAUUUAUUUAAUUGAUAAAGUCAAGCAGCAACAAAAAUGUUGGAUUAACAUGCGGUGGAAAAUGUAACAGCUAGGCCACUUAGUAUUAUUUUGGGGUUUCGCUAAUAAAAUAUUCAUGGGACAGCAAGAAAUACAAAUUUUCUCAUGCCGUGCGACUAAACUCGAUUUUUAUUUACCAUACACAUCCAAUUCAUUCUGUACUCAUUCUUGUUCUCAAUUUGUAGAGUCACAGAGCAACAAAUAUCGCAGCUACAUCACCGACCGAAAUCUGUUCAACUGCCGUUUUGUAUUAAUGAUAGUUUAGCAUUAGCCCAUAAACACUACAAUCAGAAGAAAAUUAAGCAGAUUCGAUUUCUCUUCAAACAUCGGGAAAAUUGCUUAUUGCAAAGAAAUAAUUUAAUCAAGCGUUUUCAAUCUCAACCUAACGUCUAUAGAAAUUGGAAUUGUGAAGAAUGUGGACUAUUUAACUCAACGAUAACAUAUUAUUGCGUCAACUGUAACUUGGUCAGUGUCCUCGCGCCAAUAUACAAAGAGAAUACGAAUAAAAAGGACAUAAAAGAUGGAGCAAAAAAGUUUGAUGGACAUGCAAAUGCAUUACGACGUAGUGUGAGUAUGGGCUCAUUACCAUCUCAACAGAAACGAUGUCAAUUAUGUCUAUUUAAUCGAUACGAUUUGCAUCCAGCAAAGAAGAUAUUUGAUGAGAAGCUUAUAUAUCAGAAUAGGAAAAACGUCACGAUAAAUAAUUAUCCGACACUAUUUAAAUCACCAGGAAGCCUAAAAGAUUUUAAAAUACCGUUAGAGAAAGAGGAGACAGCCGAUACGCAUCAAUGCACAGUUAAUCAGGACAAAAAUUCUGUCAUUUCAUGUAAUAUUUGUGGUAUAUGUGGAAAGAAUCAAGUGAAUGAGAAUAGUGGUAGAUUUACAAUAACAAGAAAUAGUAAAAAGUCGUCAUUAAAGAAUACUAGUCGUCACUCAGUGGAUUUAGCAUCGAGUGGUGUAUCUAUAGCUGUUGAAGACUGGACUAAUUCAAGUAAACGUAAUCAGUUUUCGAGAUCAGCAAGCAUGCAGAACAACUAUUAUGAGAAUCUCAAGCAGCUUGAUAAUGCAUCAAGCAAUAAUAAUAAUAAUAAUCCACCAUACGAGAAUAGUGCCAUCAUUCAAAAGUUUCAAGAGUCGACAGAUUUAAAUCGCAAUAAUAAAACGGAUGUACUGUAUGCAGUGGUUAAUAAGCACAAUUCUAGUGGUAAUGCGAGUAGCAACAACAACAAUAAUAAUAAUAAUGAUAAUGAUGGAAAUGGAAAGAGUGAGCUGCUUUACGAGACAAUUAGUGGUAACAUAAUUAAUAAUAAUCAAUUGAAGACAUCGUCAACGAUUCAAUCAAUACCGUGCAUGACAGGGUCAACAAAUAGUGAGGUAUAUUCGAAAGUAUGGAAAGGACCAAAGAAGGAAUCGACAUGGAAAUGCACAAAAUGUUCAUACGCUUAUAACGGACUGUAUAUUGAUCAUUGUGAUAUAUGUGACUCAUCACGCACGUCAUCAGCUCAACAGCAAUCAUCUAAUAAUAAAACUAGUAAUAAUGAUAAUCAAUCGGGUAUCACGAAAGACAAUUUUAAUAAUAACAAUAAUAGCUCGACACCCACACCAAAUACUAAAUUGGCUAUGUCAAAAUCUACACAUGGAUUCGAUGAAUGUUUUCCAUCAAAUAAUCGGAUUCCACCAAUGGCAUCAUUUGAGCAAGAUUUAGAAGACGAUUUUCAAUUUUUGCCAGCAGAUUCACCGACCCUUGAUACUGAACCAGUUGAAGAAUGGGCAUGUAAGAAGUGUACUUUAGUGAAUUCAGGAACUGCGACUGUCUGUAUCGUUUGUGGAGGCUCAAAAUUAAAAAGUACUACGGCUGUAGAAGACAUGACAUUAAGAAAAGGCGAAUUUUGGGCUUGUACUGCGUGUACACUAAAAAAUUCUCUUGGGACAAAUAUUUGUAUUGCAUGUAAAGCAAUUCGUCCAAUUCCAAAUAUUACAAAACCAUCUAAUUUUCGUCCUUACACGGGAUCAUCGCCUUCGUCAACACCUACUACUCCAGCAAGUGCAUUAUCAACGGAUAAUCUAGGAAAAUCUCAAUUAAUGGUUCCAUCGUCGAGAGCUAAUCGAAGUCCAUCACCAAGACAUGAUCGCUCUGGUGCUAUUCCAAAGAGACACAGUACAGGAAUGAUGUUACCUCAACAACCAUCAAGUAGUUCAGGAUUAUCAAGGAGUGGCAGUGGACAUGGAAGUCAUUCAUCGAGUAGUAAACAUUCUCAACAGACACCACCAACUCCAAAAACGUGGGUGUGUCCAGCAUGUACGUAUGAAAAUUCUUCAGCAAGUGUUGUGUGUGAAAUAUGUUCCAGUCAUCGUAAGGCUAUUAAUGAAGUGAUACCAAUACCAAGCAUGCAGAUAGAUGAUAGCAGACGUGAGAGUAGAUUAAUGGAGAAUCUACGUCAACAAGAAGAGUCAGAGGCACGAGCUAAAUGGGAAAACAUCAUUCAGUAUUGUAAAGAAAAUAAUGAACUUUUUGUCGAUGAUUCAUUUCCUCCGGCAGCUAAAUCACUUUAUUAUAAUCCAAAUUGUUCAUCAAAUCUCGAAUCAAAUCCCGUCGUACAGUGGAGACGCCCAAGUGAGAUUAAUUGUGAUGGUGGCAAUUUUCCUUGGGCUGUUUUUCGUACGCCACUUCCAUCAGACAUUUGUCAAGGUGUUCUUGGCAAUUGUUGGCUCCUUUCGGCUCUUGCUGUUUUAGCAGAACGUGAAGAUUUAGUCAAAGAAGUGCUAGUUACUAAAGAAGUUUGUCCACAAGGUGCGUAUCAGGUGCGUUUAUGUAAAGAUGGUCGUUGGACAACGGUGCUUAUUGAUGAUCUCUUGCCUUGCGAUAAACGUGGACAUUUGGUGUAUUCGCAAGCAAAACGGAAGCAACUUUAUUUACCAUUAAUUGAGAAAGCAGUUGCAAAAAUUCAUGGCUGUUAUGAAGCUUUAGUAUCGGGACGUGCAAUCGAAGGCUUAGCGACAUUAACAGGCGCUCCAUGUGAAAGUUUACCACUUCAACCCAGCUCGAUUCCUACAGAUGAUGAAUUAGAUAAAGAUUUAAUAUGGGCUCAAUUGCUUAGUUCACGACUUGUGAAAUUUUUAAUGGGGGCUAGUUGUGGAGGUGGAAACAUGAAGGUUGAUGAGGAUGAAUAUCAAACUAAGGGACUGAGACCGCGUCAUGCAUAUUCUGUAUUAGAUGUACGGGAUAUACAUGGACAUCGUCUAUUAAAAUUAAGAAAUCCUUGGGGACACUAUUCAUGGAAAGGCGAUUGGUCAGAUGAUUCUGACUUAUGGACUGAUGAAUUAAGAGAAACAUUAAUGCCUCACGGUGCCUCAGAAGGUGUCUUCUGGAUAUCAUUUGAAGAUGUACUAAAGUACUUUGACUGCAUAGAUAUUUGCAAAGUUCGUUCAGGAUGGGAGGAAAUUAGACUUUUAGGCACAUUACAGCCAUUAUGCUCUUUAUCAUGUGUACUGUUAACGGUGCUAGAACCAACAGAGGCAGAAUUUACUCUUUUCCAAGAAGGACAGAGAAAUUCUGAAAAGUCUCAACGUUCACAAUUGGAUCUCUGUGUUGUACUCUUUCGCACAAGAAAUCCAGCAAAUCCAGAAGUAGGGAGGCUUGUUGAACACAGCAAGCGACAGGUUCGAGGGUUUGUUGGAUGUCACAAAAUGCUGGAACGAGAUCUGUAUUUGUUAGUGUGUUUGGCUUUUAAUCAUUGGCAUACGGGAAUCGAUGAUCCAUCUCUAUAUCCUCAAUGCGUACUUGCAAUUCAUAGCUCAAAACGUUUGAUAGUUGAACAAAUUACCCCUCCACCCUAUUUAUUAGCAGAUGCAAUUAUUAGUCUGACUCUACAAAAAGGACAAAGGCAUGAGGGAAGAGAAGGAAUGACUGCGUAUUAUUUAACCAAAGGAUGGGCAGGACUUGUUGUGAUGGUCGAGAAUCGUCAUGAAAAUAAAUGGAUUCAUGUAAAGUGUGAUUGUCAAGAAAGUUAUAAUGUUGUAUCAACACGAGGAGAAUUAAAAACCGUAGAUUCAGUUCCACCGUUACAACGUCAAGUCAUUAUAGUUCUUACACAAUUGGAGGGAUCAGGAGGAUUUUCUAUAGCACAUCGGUUAACUCAUCGCCUUGCAAAUUCUCGUGGAUUGCACGAUUGGGGCGAAAAUAAUAGCCGAGAAACUCAUUGUCCUCCAAUUGAUGACGUUUAUGGACUUCAUUCACCGAGAAUGAUUACAUAAAUUAUGAUACUAAUACACGUAUUAUAGGAUGUGUCUUUUAAAAAAUUCAUCUUUUCAAAAUGAGUGGACUUUUUCUGCCAUAAAUCUUCUUCAAUCAUUUGUGAUACCACAAAAAAGGAAAAACAAAAAACAACUUUUUAAAAUAAUUAUUAUUUUACUUUUAAUCUCAUAAUGUGACAUAAUGCUCAUAAAUCAGACGAAUGCUUUUAAUUUAAAUAAUUUUUAAAAGAUCUUCAAAUCUCAUUUAAACGAAUUUUAUUAGUUUUUACUUAAUUUUAUUUGAAAACAAUGUCAGACAUUAUA